UUUCAGUUGAAAUUUUAGAACUGGUAAUGGCGCGUGAAAAUUGUUUCGUGAAACUUCUCCUUCUCUGCGCUAUCGUAGCGGCUGCGGCCAUCGAGGACUCCUCCGACCUAAGACCCGUACCACGUAUAAUAGGCGGCCAAGUUGCUGCCUCCGGUCAAUUCCCCUAUCAAGUAUCCAUCCGUUUGGGCGGACAACAUAUCUGUGGUGGCGCAUUGGUUAGUGAAAGUUAUGUCCUAACUGCAGCACAUUGUGUAUAUGGUGUACCAUUAAAGUACAUCACCGUGCAAGCUGGCUCUGUUAAUCGGAUGGAAGACGGUGUUAUUAGCGAAGUAAGCAAUGUAACUGUACAUGCCGAAUAUGCUUUCAAUAACGACAUUGCUGUGGUGGAACUGAAAAAACCACUAGAAUUUACGGAUCUUAUUCAAGCUAUACCGAUUGCUACAUUAGAAGUGCCUGCCAAUCAAUCGGUAGUUAUAUCCGGUUGGGGACGUAUACGCGAAGGUGGUCCACUAUCUCCAAAACUUAUGUACAGCAGAUCGGUCAUGGUCUUGAGUGCGGAACUGUGUGCCACAUAUGAAGCAUUUUCUGAUGAGGGCUUGCUAUGUCUGGCUAAAUCUUCAGGCAGAGGGUUUUGUAAUGGUGAUGAUGGUGGCCCUGCUGUUUACCGGAACUUUCUUAUUGGUAUUGCCAGUUUUACUGAUACAUCUUGUGGUUCAGGCAGGCCAGAUGGAUACACAAAAGUGUCGUAUUAUGCAGAUUGGUUAUAUUCAGUGAUGAAAAAGCAAGUACCCAAUAGUAAGCGACGUGUUUCGACAUAAAAUAAACAGCAAAAUUUUCCGAAUCUUUGAAUAUUCCCAUAAAUAAAUGUUAUUUUCUGUCAAUCAUUUCACCUAUUUCGGUUUUGAUAUAGCAAAAUUAAAUAAUAAAUUUAUUUCAAAAGUUGGAAAUUAA